ACGCGCAAGCAUACUCUGUUCUCAACGGGCGGUCACAAUUAUCGAUCAUAUUUGUCCAAGAAGAGUAAUCAUGGGAACCAAAGUGAUUGUGUCUCAGUUACUUCUGUUAAUGUGGUAUCAAUUGAGCCAAGCGGCGACGAUGGUUCCGGCAUCACCAUGCAGUGAUAAGUUCUCGUACAAAUUUUAUCCUGGUAGUAAGCAGAUAAUUGGUUACAUACAGCUUAGUGGUUUAAAUGCAGAUGUAACAAACACACUCGAGGUGAAGGUCUACGAAGGAGCUUCGAGAUCAGGACAGAAAACUUACCUUAAUACCUACAAAUCGCUCGACUCUACGUACAACGACAUCAAAAACUAUGGAACUGCAAAAUUUUGGUUAAAUUUCGCAUUGCAAUGCCCUAUACCUGUGCUGGUUUCGAUGAGUAUUAACGGAAAGCUGAUAUGUUCCGGAACACCACGGCAAGCAGUGAGAACAAUGACUCAUAGUAUUAUUCCUCCAAAGAAAACUGCUGCACCGACCGUUGGUAGAAUAUUUUCUGCUCCUGCACAAACCACAGCCAAACCCAUAGUUACAUCUUCAGCACCGGUUGAAAAGCAAGACAUUUGUGGCACCUUCAGCCUAUUGACUGAUCUCUCCUUUAAUGGCACACCAUCUCGGGUGGGGCAAUUUCCGUGGGCUGUACCACUUUUCCAUCACAAUGCGACAUCCGGUCUCAAAUACUUCUGUGGUGGAACAAUCGUUACGGAUCGCCAUAUCUUAACCGCGGCUCACUGCACGAUAAACAUGCGCCCCCAAGAAAUCCUGGCCAUUCCCGGGAAACACAACAUCUCGAAUACAUUCGCCAUAAAUGGCGCUGUUCAUGCAAACGUACAACAGAUUGUGAGCCACGAAGACUACGACAGUGACAGUGAACACCUCGUAGAUCAAGAUGCGGAUAUUGCUGUCUUACGAUUGGAGCAAUCACUUACUUUUACGAACUUGAUUAGACCAAUCUGUUUGUGGCGAGACCAGAACUCACCGAGUGUUAACCGUAAUCAAAAAGGUCUAGUGUCAGGCUGGGGCCUUACCGAAAACGGAUAUGCUAACACUUCUUCCUAUUACACGAGUACCAUUGUUAGUAAACAGCAGUGCAGCGAUAACAUGGGCGUUAGUAUUCCUAACAGGGCCAGACUGUUCUGUGGCGAUGGAUCAGGUUCUGUCGCUUGCGAAGGUGACUCCGGUAGUGCAAUGGCUGUAAAACAUGACAAUCGGUUUUAUUUACGAGGCUUAGUAUCCAAAGCGGCCUGGGAUCCACUAAUUGGGAAAUGCGAUACGACCAAAUAUGUAAUGUACACCGAUGUAUCGAAGUUUAUAGGUUGGAUAUUGCAGAAAAUUGAUAAUGAUGAUGGUGAUGAUGGUGAUGAUUAUAAUUAUGAUUAUGAUGAUGAAUAA